GCAUAGUCACUCGCUGACCCGCUGACAUGAAAUCAUCAGUUGCUAUUCUCCUGACCACUCUGGCUGUGGUGGCUAUAGCUGACAGCCGCAACAGCUAUUCAGCCCCUGGAGUAUCUGCUGGAGGGAGUUUUGCAAGUGGUGGAACAGGAAGUGCUUUUUCCAAUGGAGGUUCUUCUUUUGGUGCCUUCUCUAGUGGGGCAUCCAAUGGAUUUUCUAGUGGAUUAUCAGGUGGUUCCUCGGGUGGCUUUUCCAGUGGAUUAUCAGGUGGCUUCACGGGUGGGCCCUCUGGCGGAUAUUCCUCUGGAGGUUCAAAUGGCAGGCCAGGAUCUGGAUUGAAUGGAGGCUCGUCCCAGCCAUGGCCCUUUCCAGGCGUCCUGCAAGAGGCUGUUGGAGGAAAGAUAAACUCAAAUCUUAUUGCUGAAGGCACAGGAAGUUACUCAAAUGGUGGAACUUCUGGACCAUUCGGAGGAGGAGCUCUAGGAGGAUCAGGGGCUGGAUUUGCCUCCAGAGGCUCAUUUGGAGGGAUUGGAGGCCAGGCAUCCACAGGAAACGGAUUUGGAGGCCAUUCUGGAGGAGCCCGCGGAAGUGAGCUUGGUCGUAAUGGUGGAGGGUCUGCUGGAGGUAGUUUUGCUGGCAACUUUGGAAGUUCUGGAAGCAGUGGCUCCUUUGGAGGUCGAGCUACCGGUGGUGCUGUUGCUGGAUCCAGCGGUGGUUAUGCUCCUCCAUACUGAAUGAAUGUUUUGAUUGUCCCAUUCUGGACAAAGCACAAAAAAAAUAUCUUUGGUAUAGAUUUCCAUUCAGUCUGAAUUAAAUAAAGUAUAGACUAUA